AUGCAUCUUCUCUCUGUUGUUCUGCUGAUUCUGAUAUCAGCACCAAUCGUUAUUGUAGGUGCAGUUUUUUCUAUUGAUAAUAUUAGGGGUACAUCCCUGAACAGGAGCAGUUUUCCAGAAGGUUUUAUAUUUGGGACAGCAUCCUCUGCUUAUCAGUGUGAAGGUGCAGCAAAUGUUGGUGGCAGAGGACCAAGUAUAUGGGAUACAUACACUCAUAAUUACCCAGAUAAAAUUGUGGACAGAAGUAAUGGAGAUGUUACCAUUGAUCAAUACCAUCGUUAUAAGGAAGAUGUUGAAAUCAUUAAGGAAAUGAACAUGGAUGCUUACAGAUUCUCAAUCUCUUGGUCCAGAAUACUUCCAAAAAGAAAGGUUAGCAGAGGUGUGAACAAGGAAGGAAUCAACUAUUACAACAACCUCAUCAAUGAACUGUUAGCUAAAGGUCUUAAACCCUUUGUGACCAUUUUCCAUUGGGACCUUCCUCAAGCCUUAGAAGACGAAUAUGGUGGUUUUCUAAGUCCUAAUAUAGUGAAUGAUUUUCAAGAUUAUGCAGAACUUUGUUUUAGAGAAUUUGGAGACAGGGUGAAACAUUGGAUUACAUUAAAUGAACCAUGGACCUUUAGCAAAUAUGGGUAUGCUGAUGGCAUUUCACCACCUGGAAGAUGUUCCAGUUGGCAAAACUUAGAUUGUAAUGAUGGUGAUUCAGCCAUUGAACCCUAUAUAGUGACUCACAAUCAAUUACUUGCUCAUGCAGCUGCAGUCAAUGUUUAUAAGACAAAGUAUCAGGCAUCUCAAAAGGGUAUGAUAGGGAUAUCACUAGCAUGUCAUUGGAUGGUACCACUCUAUGUUACAGAGUUGGAUCGCCAUGCUGCACAAAGAGCCCUUGAUUUUAUGUUUGGAUGGUUUAUGGAGCCAUUGACAAUUGGAGAAUACCCUUAUUCUAUGCAAUCUUUGGUAGGGAGUCGCUUACCAAAUUUCUCUGCUAUUGAGAUCAAACUUGUAAGAGGGUCCUUUGAUUUUAUUGGAUUGAACUACUACACUUCUUAUUAUGCUACUGAUGCACCAGAAUUAAGUGAAGCCAGGCCUAGCUACCUCACAGAUUCUCUUGUUAUUCUUACAAGUAUAGAUGAAUUCAAUGAUCCUACUCUAUCACUUGAAAAAGCCCUUGCCGAUACUUCAAGAAUUGAUUACUUUUAUGAUCAUCUCUAUUAUCUUCGAAGUGCAAUCAAGCUACAUUUCAAGGAUCUCUACGUACAGUGGCAUGAUCCCAGGGAUCUACUGUUCUGUUUUGCUAGUUCUGAUAUUUUGUGUUUGCACUCCUCAUUCAUUUUGAUUCUGCAAUGGUCUUGGGUAGAAUGCAAACCAAUUUCAAGGCAGAAAUACAAACCCACCUCAGCAUCUCUUGCCCAUGCAAUGGAUGUACCAUUCAUUGCAAAAUUUUGGAAAUAA